AUGCCUGGAGAAAGGGCAUACGUUCUCCUGAACGGCAAACGCCUAACGAGGCGGCAGAUAGAACUGAUGGUAGCCGUGCUAAGGCACGCGGAUAGGUCCCUUCUCCAGUCGGUCGACUGGAACGCCGUGGCGGCCCAGAUGGGCCACGCGGAACGGCGGGUGUCUCGAGAUACGUUCUCGAGAAGCUGCGAUCGGAGAGGCCUCCCAUCCCAAAAAGCUGCUCUGGUAGUUCUCGGAGCCGCCGAGCUUGGAACAGUGUUGAAGCCGGAGGAGCUGGCAUUGCUUGAGACUCUGGUACAUAGGUGGAUGACCAAGUAUUGUCCAAGGUAUCUCUUGGACGGACGGAGACGAAACCCCUCCAAAAAGAUGCUGGUGGGAUAG